UCAUGCGCAGUGGGACUUUUCACACGGUUCAAGACUGGCGAGCGCAGACUUCAACUGGACACAGAGAGAAAAAGCUGGCCUGAGAGUGUGCGGAUGCAGUUGUGUUGGGGUUAGCACCAACUCUUUGGGAUCGUAGUUAGUUAUUCAGCUCACCAGUGGAGAGGAUAUUCUUUGAGGCUGGCAGUUUUGAUGUGGCACAGUGCGGAACCCACGGGAAGAUGACGGAAGAGGUGAUAGUGAUCGCCAAGUUUGACUAUGUGGCCCAGCAGGAGCAAGAGCUUGACAUAAAGAAGAAUGAGCGACUGUGGCUGCUCGAUGACUCCAAGUCAUGGUGGCGCGUUCGAAAUUCAACCAACAAAACUGGCUUUGUACCGUCAAAUUACGUGGAGAGAAAGAACAGUGCUAGGAAAGCUUCUAUUGUGAAAAACCUAAAGGAUACCUUAGGAAUUGGGAAAGUGAAACGGAAGCCAAGUAUUCGUGACACUGCAUCCAAUGCAGAUGUGGAUGGUUACCCGGAUAAUGGAGAACGCCUGUAUGAUUUGAAUGCUCCCGCUUAUGUCAAAUUCAACUACACAGCAGAGAGAGAUGAUGAGCUUUCUUUGGUUAAAGGAACAAAAGUUACCGUCAUGGAAAAGUGCAGCGAUGGCUGGUGGAGGGGUAGUUAUAAUGGACAAACUGGUUGGUUUCCAUCAAAUUAUGUCAUGGAGGAUCCUGAGGGCACCACAGUCGAACCUGUGGGAUCAUUGACAGAAAGACUAGCAGUUGUGAUCAAUGCACACAAUGCCAAAGUACUUCAUGUUGUGCAGGCUCUAUAUCCGUUUAGUUCUUCGAAUGAAGAGGAGCUUAAUUUUGAGAAGGGUGAAGUGAUGGAUGUUGUUGAGAAACCAGAAAAUGAUCCAGAAUGGUGGAAAUGUAGGAAGGCUGAUGGGCAUGUGGGUCUGGUACCUAAGAACUAUGUGAAUAUUGUGCAAACAUCACCACCAGUCAUUAGCCUUGGACCAACACCACCUCGAUGUGACUACAUAGGAGCAGCAACCACUGGCAGGUUUGCUGGUAGCCCAUGGUAUUAUGGAAAGAUUACAAGGCAUCAAGGAGAAGUGGCUCUGAAUGAAAGAGGAGUUGAUGGUGAUUUCAUAAUUCGAGACAGCGAGUCCUCACCCAAUGACUUCUCUGUGUCUUUGAAAGCCCAAAACAAAAACAAACACUUCAAGGUACAGUUGAAGCAAGGUCUCUACUGCAUUGGACAGCGCAAAUUUGACAGUAUGGAAGAUUUAGUGGAACAUUACAAAAAGGCUCCCAUUUUCACAAGCGAACAGGGAGAGAAAUUGUUUUUAGUUAAACCUUUAUCUUAAUGCAAAAGGUAAAGAUCCACUGAAAUGGAUUCUUCUUGCAGGGAAAAAGAAACAAUGGAAGCAAGGAAAAUCAUGGUUUUAUCAGACUUACUGGCAAUAAUGACCUAAAACAACAGAUUUACUUAAGUUUUCAAUUUUAACUACAGUUUGUGUCCCAUUUGCAUCGUAAUGCUGUUUAAUUUUGGAUAACUCUUUCUUGUAUGUAAAGAUUUUGUGCCUUGCUUCUGUUGAGCUGCUCAUUGUGAACACACUGCCUACAGUUACCUUUUUAUCACCAAUUUGGCCCAUUUCGCCCAAUAAUCUUGAAUCUUUUUAUAUUUCACUUACUAUGUACUCUAUAUAUGCAUAUAUAUAUAUAUAUCACUUACUAAGUCUUACUACAGAUCUUUGAUUAUUUCUGUGUUUUAGAACCUUGUUGACUAGCUCGUGAUAUGUGAGAUGUGAAAUUUUAUGUAUUGUGUGUUGGAAUGUUCAUUUGCUUUUUCUGACUUUCUUCUGUUAUUCACCAGAGAUAUCGAUCAACUAUGAUUUAAUUUUGUUUGAACUUUUUUUUGGUAGAGGGUGAAAAUUGCAUCAGGAUAAGUGCUCUAGUGUGAGAAAAGAUGAGGACAUACCAGAUUUUGCCUUAAAGUCUUUCAAACCAAAGGCUAUGUACAACUACUGUAAUGUUUUAUACAUAAAGUUACAGUUUAAUCACACUUUGGUAGGUCCUGCAUUGGGAUGUGACUUUAGUAAUAUCCUUUAACUUUUUUUUGUCUGUAUUAACUCCAAGGUUGAAACAUAACUGCUUUUAAUUGAUCUGUCAUGUUUGAUCAUCGUUUCCACUUAAUGCUUGCUUUGUUAUUCGUUCAUAUUAGGGAUGCAUCAUAUAUUGUGUCGAUUAGCUUGUAAUACAAUUUUAAAGAAUAUCACCAUUUAACAGAUAAUCUAUAAUCACUGAUUUAUAUCAGAAGUACUCACGUCUUCUGUUUCAUUUUAUUUUAUUUUGAAACUCCAGUUCUAUAGCCAGAAUGUUGGGCUCCAUAGUUGUUGACCUGGCAUCCAUUAUGCAUCUUGCACCUGGAAUGAUGUGUAGGCCACUGACCCAGUAUAAUGUACAUGCUGAAUAAUGUUGGGGAACUUCUGUUUUAUUGUCAGGAGAGAGGGGCAAGAGAAACAAAUUCAAAAGUAGCCAAUUACUCAGACGUGAAUGUGACAGCACAUAGUUUGUGUACUACAGAGAUCAAUUUAUAGUAUCAAUAGAAAAGCUAUGUCUGAGUUACCAGAAUUUUAAAUGAUAUUAUUUAUCUUUUAAUUUAUACUUAAAGUCCAUGCCAUGGUUUCAGAUUCAUUCAAAAAGAUGGUAUGUAUUUUACUGUUAUUAAGAUAUCAAUUGUACCAGGAAUUAUACGAGAGAAUCGAGUUGCAAAAUGUCGUACUUUGUCUUGUGUAACUUAAAGACCAGAGCUCAGAACCUUGUUGGAAAUACAGAUGCAAAGAACCUAUAAAACAGCAAUGUGCUGACACUAAUGUCCUAUCCUGCUCUCCAGUGAUCUGGUAUCAAGAAGGUUAUAAGAGACCUAGAAUGAAUGAUGCUUAAAGAUAGCAUAUUUUUAUAUAUUGAAGUUUAGAUAAUGUAACAGUUUCUGAACCCUGGUCUUUUGAUGUUCAAUAUAGUUGUAAACCUAUCGAAAAUGUUGUUGAGUAUAUAGUGGCGCUUGGAAAGCUAUACUCAGUCAUUCUCAUGUUAUCUCUAAUCCACUAUUUUGUUACUGAAAUUACUUAACCGUAUGUGUAUAUCGUUUUAUUUUUCAAACACCAAGGGUAACUGUUAAACUAUAAAAUACUGUGAAGUCAAAUUAUGUUUUGCUGUCCUUAGUGCAGCAGAUGUCCUACUUGCUUUUAGAAACUUAUAAUUUCCAAGUACAGUUGUGUUUAAUUAUUGCAAAACUCAAUAAAGUUUCUAAGUCAUCUUC